UUAAAUACAGUUAAAUUUGUAUGUUUAUAUGUAACUCAAGCAGCCGCCCACAAAACAACAACAACAACAGGAGAAGUACAUAUGUGUUUGUGUCUGUGUGAGCAAAAGAAAUCAUGCGAGUUAGCCUACAAAAAAAGAAACAACAACAACAACAAGAAAACAAAACAGAGCUAAAUAAUAAUUAAUACAAAAAACCUGCACAAGUUUUGCAGUUUCAAAAAGAAAAAAAACAACAACAACAUAACAUAAAUACGUAAAUAUUCAUAUAUUGUACCCUAUAAUAUAAAAGACAACCAACAACAAGUGAAUAAAAAAGGCCGAAAGGAAAACAAAACAAAUCAAAUACAUACGUAAAAAAUUAAGAAAUAAGUGCAAAAUAAAUUCAACAAAAGAAUCAAAACACAACAAGUUCAAAACGCAGCCGAUAACAGCAACUUUAAGCAAAACAGGAGCAACAACAAAAGCUUUUCUUUGAAACGUCCAAUUGGAUUUACACAGCUUUUAAGUUUUGGAGCUAGCGGACGAAAGCUUUAAAGCUGCAACUCCAAAACGAACUGUUCGCCAUCAUGGACGGCUUCCCACAGGACUGGCCCAAUCUGCCCAGAUCAGACAAUGCACUACAAAUGGAUCAAUUGGUAAACGAGCUGCAUCCAGAUGCCGCCUUCGAGCCACAGACACGCGCCCGCUCUAACACCUGGCCAUGUCCACGUCCCGAGAAUUUUGUGGAGCCUGUCGACGAGCUCGAUAGCACAAAGGCCAGCAAUCAGCAACUGGCACCGGGUGAUUCACAGCAGGCCAUACAGAAUGCGAAUGCGGCCAAAAAGAACUCAUCCCGUCGCAAUGCAUGGGGUAAUCUAUCCUAUGCUGAUCUCAUAACGCAUGCCAUCGGCUCUGCCACCGACAAGCGUUUGACGCUGAGCCAAAUCUACGAGUGGAUGGUUCAGAAUGUGCCAUACUUUAAGGAUAAAGGCGAUUCGAAUAGCAGUGCAGGCUGGAAGAACUCCAUACGGCACAAUCUAUCGCUGCACAAUCGCUUCAUGCGCGUCCAAAACGAAGGCACCGGCAAAUCCUCGUGGUGGAUGUUGAACCCGGAGGCCAAGCCUGGCAAAUCGGUGCGUCGUCGUGCCGCCUCCAUGGAAACAUCACGCUUCGAGAAGCGACGUGGACGGGCCAAAAAGCGUGUCGAGGCUUUGCGUGCCCAAGGCGGUGUUGUUGGUCUCAAUGAUGCGACUCCAUCGCCCAGCAGCAGUGUCAGCGAGGGAUUGGAUCACUUUCCGGAGAGUCCGCUUCACAGCGGCGGGUUUCAACUGUCGCCAGAUUUUCGUCAACGCGCCUCAUCAAAUGCCAGUUCCUGCGGACGCUUGAGUCCGAUUCGUGCUUUGGAUCUCGAGCCCGAUUGGGGCUUUCCGGUUGACUAUCAGAAUACGACGAUGGCGCAGGCGCAGGCACUCGAACAGCUGGCCGGCUCCAUGGCGGAUGAUCUGAAGCUACACAAUCAGCAAGGGUUCAGUGCAGCAUCCGGUCUGCCAACGCAGCCACCACCACCAUACCAGCCGCCACAGCAGCAGCAGCAACAGCAACAACAACAGCAGCAACAACAGCAGCUACCACAAGGCUAUACGCUCAAUGGUCCCGGUGUCUCGGCUUCUGGUUUCCCCACGCUGCAGCCGCAUCCCAGCCAGCCGCAGUGUCUGCUGCAUCGCUCCCUCAACUGUGGCUGUCUGCACAGUGCGCGAGAUGGUCUCUCGCCCAACUCAGUUACCACCACAAUGUCGCCUGCGUAUCCGAAUAGCGAGCCCUCGUCUGACUCCCUCAACACCUACAGCAAUGUCCUGCUCGAUGGCUCCUCUGACAAUACUGCGCUACUUGUGCAGCAACAACAGCAACAGCAGCAGCAACAGUUGGGCUCGGGGCUGGAGGAUAAUAACUGCGCCUCUACUUUGAUAGGGCAAUGCCUGGAGGCUCUGAACAAUGAGUCGCAGCAGAUUGACGAAUUUAACUUGGAGAACUUUCACGGCGGUCUCGAGUGCAACGUCGAGGAACUGCUGCAGCAGGAGAUGCGCUACGAUGGACUGCUGGACAUAAAUAUACCGCUGGCCGCCGUCAGCACGAAUGCUACCAAUGUGAUCUUAACCAACAAUAGUACAAACAGCAGCAGCAACAACGCCGCCACCACCAACACAUCCAACAGCAGCGCAUUGCAGGCACAAUUGCUGUUACAACAACAACAGCAGCAACAGCAACAACAGCAGCAGCAACACCAGCAGCAGCAGCAACAGUUGCUGCUGAGCAACAACAAUAACAGCUUGGAUUUGGCAACUCAAACGGCGACAGCCAAUCUGAAUGCACGUGUGCAGUACUCUCAACCCAGCGUGGUUACCUCAAGUGUACCGCCUUCAUGGGUGCAUUAAAGAGUGACGUUUAAGCAUAAGGAUGGAUGAAGAAGUAGCGAGCGAGCUGCUGAUGCUGCUGCUGCUGCAGCUGCUGGCCGCCACAACAGUUUACAAAGAUUUAUCUGGUCGCUUCUAAUUUAAAAUACACACAAAACACAAAACACACAACACAUGCGUACAUAUACACACAUACAUAAACAUAUACAUAAACACAUACGUAUAGCAUACAUAUAGAUAUGCGUAAACUUAAUUGCAUAUACAAAGUAAUAACCAAUGUUUAGCGCUUAAAAUUAGUUGAAUUCUCUCUGUGCAUUGAUAACGUAACGACAACUACAACAACAAAACACUAAUUGUAAUUUCUUUGAAAGGAAUUCAAAUCAACCAACAACAAAAACUGUAACAACAACAACAACAACAACAAAAUAUUGCUAGUUUGUAAGUCAUACUUUGUACAUAUUAUUUUUAAUACCCUUAGCAUAAAGUGAACCACAAAUAAGAAAGCGUAAAACGUAUACAAAUAAAUGUUCCAACCCCUCUAAACAAAAAAGAAAAGAAAAACAUUCAAGAAUAAAAAAGCGAUGACAAAGAAAGCAGAAAGGCAAGCAAACAGAAUAUCGAAAACGAGUUGAAUGAAAAGAUGAUGCAAAAUAAUAAAGAAAUGCAAACUUAAAAACACAUUAGCACAAUUAUGUAAUAAUUUAUGCUUAAAUCUAUUUAAUUGGAAAUAUUCCUAAAACAAAAACAAACAAAAAAAACUUGUAAUCGUAACUUGUACAUUUCUCUAAAAGUCCACCAAGUCCCCAUUCAUCAUACAAUUAGAACUCGCAAUGGAAUACGUAAUAUAGUCUGGUAUCAUUCUUUGUAUAUACAUAUAUAGGAUUCUAGAGAUCUGCAUAUAAUAUCGGGCUUACGAAGUUUUCUUUUUGUGAAAAGUCGGUAAUCCAAUUGAUUGAUAACAAAAACUUCUAACGAAAGGAAAACAAUUAACUGAAUGCUAAGAAAACUGCGCUAUUUACGUUUGUUAUAGUUGAUAAUCCUAAAAGUUAAUCAAAAAAACAAAAAACAAAAAAAACAACAAAAACAAAACAAAAUAUAACACACAAAUAAAACAAAUUUGAAUGUAAUUCAUAAAACAGUAGACAUAAGUAAAUGUAAAUGUUGCUAGGCAAAUAAACGUAAACGUAAACG